AUGCAGGCGAUUUUUCAACGCCGUGAUAUUCGGCGAAAACUUCAGAAACAGUUUGUUACCAAGUACGAAAAGCCUGAGAAUGUGUGGACUCACGAAGGUCGUUAUUCUUACCAAGAUGGAGAGAUUCACACAAUCUCCCGCGAACCAGAAGAUGAUUUACCUGCCCAGCGCAGGAGAGAGCACGGCCAUCGCACCAUCAUGGGCGGACCGGCUAUACAUCCACGUCAUUCGGUUCGAGCUCAUUUGGAAAGAGACGGAGACGUUGAGAGAGCGGAUUUCGACCCGGAACUCCAAACCGAUCCACAUACUAUCAACACGCAUGAGACUCUCGGUGCGACUGCGAAUAUGAUGAUUACCGGAAUCGAACGAGCUCGACCAGGCACUAGCUCAUCCACUGGCGUCUCGGCCGGUUCUUCAGAGAUGGGAUUAGGGGAAGAGUUCGAGGGUGAUGACAUUGAAAGGAUCAAGAAGAACAAACUCAUCAUCGUGACUUACGAAGGUGAAUGUGAUUCAAUGGAUCCUCACAAUUGGUCCUUCAGAAGUCGACUAGCAUACACUCUAAUAACGUCGGGGACCGCAUGUGUGAUUUUCUGGUCUUCCACGAUUGAUGCCACCGCUCUCGUUUCGACCAGGGCACUCUUUCAUACAAGUUUCAAAGUCCAGACGUUACCAACCACUCUGUUUCUCAUCAUGAAUGGCCUCGGCGCUCUGGUAGCAGCACCGAUCUCUGAGGUCUUCGGACGCACCCCCAUAUACAUACCCAGUAUCAUCUUGUUCAUGUUGUUCAACAUGGGCGCAGGUCUAUCUCAGACUGCAGUACAGCGUAUUGUAUGCCGCGCCUUCGCUGGGCUAUUCGGUUCUGCUCCUGCGGUUUUGGCGGCGGCAACUCUCGUGGACAUUUGGUCACGCAUUGAGCGAGUGUACAUGUUCCCCCUGUUUUCUGUCAUUGCUUUUACGGGACCUCUGGUAGGACCGACGCCGGGGGCAUUUGUAGUGGAAUCCAAAACUCAAAGUUGGCGCUGGGUCGAUUGGAUUACCAUUAUAUUUGCCUCAAUCGUGCUGAUGCUGGUUGUCCUCUUCUUACCGGAAACAUACAGCCCGAUCCUUCUAGACUGGAAAGCAAAAGAGCUCCGUCGUAUGACUGGCGAUGACAGAUUUCGAGCGCCGCUAGACUUCAAACGAGUCUCAUUCCUACGCCGUCUACGCAACUCAUUGUAUCGACCGAUCCUUCUCUUCGUGACAGAGCCGAUUAUCAGCGUCCAUGCAUUGUACCUGGCCGUCGAGUUUAUUAUCCUGUACACAUUUCUCGCGGGAUAUGUCUCCAUCUACAUGAAGAUAUACCAUUGGAGCGCAGGCUUGACCGCAGUGGCCUUCCUAGGCAUCGAAGUUGGAGUUCUUCUCGCCGUGCCAGCUGUCCCAUUGGCAAUGUACUUUCUCCGGAGGGAAAUUGUCCGCAGUCGCGCUCGAGGUCAAAUUCGCCCAGACCCUGAAAUAAGUCUGUAUAUGGGUAUGUUUGGUGCACCAGCCAUCUCAAUCUCCAUGUUCUGGAUGGGCUGGACUGCCCGGGAGUCCAUUAGCUUUUGGAGCCCACUUGCAUCAUCGGUGCUUCUAGGCUUUGGGGUGCUGUGCAUAUUUGUUUCAUCAUAUCAAUAUAUUGCUGAUUCGUUUGAGCUGCAUGCUGCCAGUGCUCUGGCGAGUUUGCAGGUCUUGCGUCUUGUUGCUUCCGGUGUCAUGGCAAUCAUCUCGGAAAUCAUGUAUAUGCAUCUGGGUGUUGCUUGGACUUUGACUGUUUUGGGAUGUAUAUCUUUGGUGUUCCUCCCUGUACCUUUUCUUUUGUAUUGGAAAGGACCGCAGGGCUACUUCUCUCGGGGUGAGAAUUGGUUCCAUGAAAUCCCCUUCUUGCCUCAUGGAUGGGAGACGACCAAUGUUCAAGGCUCUGGAACCCUCAAACAUGCCGCAAUGAAAGCUCUGUUGCAAGAUCAGUCGCAACUGAAGUCCGAGCUGUUUGAGAUUGUUCCAUGGCACUUGGCAAAAUAUCUCUGGGAUGCUCUCGGCAGAUGCAACAAACAGACAUUACACAUGUGGAAACUCAUGGCCACAAUGUACCCUGCAGAAUUUCUUCACAUCAGUCCCUAUUACUGUCUUUGCACUGGUAGCCCAAGAGAGCCAAUAAAAGCUUACAUGGGGAUGCUGAAUACCAAAGACUUCCGUUGGCGAGCAGUCCUGACACUUGCAUCCACAUAUUGCUCUCUGACAGAUUUUUCGGGUAUCCCAAACAUUAAGAACCUGGUCGCCCUAGAAAUUUGCAAGUCCCAAGAAAUCCAGAGCAGCAUUGAACAAAGAUCUGUUAGCAAGGAACAGAGUUCUUUGCAAGAUGGAUCUGUGCGUGGUUGGGUCGAAAUGUGGCAGUUUACCAGGGCACUACAACAUCUCCGGAUCCUCAGAAUCUAUCAUCAACAAGAGAUAACCGCAGCUGCCUUGAGGUCUCUUCGCGAGCUACCAGAGCUCCAGCUUGUGGUCAUGUAUGGAUGUAACAAGAUCACAGAAGAGAUCUCAAGACACCGAAAACCUUCCAACAAUAUGCUCCCAAUUGAAGGCUGGUCAGCUAGCAGGCUUGACUGGCUACCACGGGAAAAAGCACUGGCAGAUCUAGGACCAUUGCUAGAUGUGUACAAAUCCAGCCUUGAAACCGUUGCUGAUACAGAUGGACCACAAAAGCAAACCUCGACAUUGGAUACAAAUCUCCCGAUCCUGGAAUUUCAACUCCCAACAGCCAACCAUCACAAUCCGGAGCGGGUGGCACAGCGUGCUCUGUAUAGACCUAAAUCGGUUGUACUUUUCACUCGGGACACUGUAUUACAAAAUUUUGAUCAGGAGAAGAAGCAGCGAGAGAGGGCAAAGAAGCGGUCUGAGCCGGUGGAGGGACCUAAUCCCCGUGCCAAGAAGGCUGUUAUGAAAGAUAAAGGGAGAGAUCUCUCCAUGACAUUAAGUGAAUUCUUUUGA